GGUCCGGACGGCGAAGGGGACCCCGGCCCCAGUCUCCCCCUCGGGCGGCGCCAUGGGGCGAGUGCCCGCGCUUUCCCGAAGUGUCUCCUGCCCCCGCAGCCCACCCUUUGGCCUUUCCCGCCUCUCGGGGCCCUCGCUCGGUGGCCCCGCGCCCCGGGCGCCCCGGGGUCACCCUGCUCGGCGUCCGGGCCGGGGGCCGAGAGGUCGCCCCUGCGCGGUCGUACUGGGCGGACGCCUCGCCUCUGUCCCUUACGCCUACCCUGUCUCGUCUUCCGAGUUUAACUCACUUUGCAAAGUUGCUGACAAUAUGAAGCCACUGGAGGGUGUAAAAAUUCUGGAUCUAACAAGAGUAUUGGCGGGACCUUUUGCUACUAUGAAUUUAGGAGAUCUUGGAGCAGAAGUUAUAAAAGUGGAAAGACCAGGAGCUGGUGAUGAUACACGAACUUGGGGGCCACCUUUUGUGGGGACAGAAAGUACUUAUUUUCUCAGUGUUAAUCGAAAUAAAAAAAGUAUAGCUGUUAAUAUCAAGGAUCCAAAAGGGGUGAGAAUCAUCAAAGAGCUUGCAGCCGUUUGUGAUGUAUUUGUGGAAAACUAUGUCCCUGGCAAACUAUCUGCCAUGGGCCUGGGGUAUGAAGAUAUAGACAAGAUUGCGCCUCACAUCGUCUACUGUUCCAUCACAGGGUAUGGUCAGACGGGUCCACUGUCUCAGCGAGCUGGUUAUGAUGCUGUUGCCUCUGCUGUUUCUGGUCUGAUGCAUAUCACAGGGCCUGAAGAUGGAGAUCCAGUUCGUCCAGGAGUGGCCAUGACUGAUCUUGCUACUGGCCUGUAUGCAUAUGGAGCCAUUAUGGCUGGACUGAUACAAAGAUAUAAAACGGGGAAAGGACUGUUCAUUGAUUGUAACCUACUGUCAUCUCAGGUGGCAUGUUUGACCCAGGUAGCUGCUAAUUAUCUUAUUGGCCAAAAGGAAGCAAAACGUUGGGGCACAGCUCACGGCAGUAUUGUUCCUUACCAGGCUUUUAAAACCAAGGAUGGAUAUCUUGUGGUUGGAGCAGGAAAUAACCAACAGUUUGCUACUGUGUGCAAGAUCUUGAAUUUGCCUGAACUGAUUGAUGACUCCAAGUAUAAAACUAACCACCUUCGUGUACAGAAUAGAAAAGAGCUUAUCAAAAUACUCUCUGCACGGUUUGAAAAACAAACGACCAGCAAGUGGUUAUACCUCUUUGAAGGCAGCGGGGUUGCGUAUGGCCCAAUCAACGACAUGAAGAACGUAUUUGCAGAACCCCAGGUGUUACACAAUGGCCUCAUUAUGGAGAUGAAGCAUCCAACCGUGGGGAAGAUAUCAGUGCCAGAUGCUGAUCGUAAUCACCUAGGAACUGUUGACUGCCCCAGAGAGAAAAGUAGAAAACUGCACUGUCCACUGUCAUGAAGAUCCAUUUAUGUAACACAAGCUAGAAAAUGCAUGAGGAUAUGCGUCAUCAUGAUAAUAACAAUAACAGCCACGUCCAUCACCACCACAGUGCCUGACUUCAUUGAGAACUUUCCAUUUGCUGGGUGCUGUUCUCAUUAGCUCACUAAAGCUGCUGGGAGGGAAGGGAAGGGGUGGGGGGUGAGACUUCAAGUUGUAUUCAAAGUGAAUAUAGCAAAGUGGCAAAAUGGCCACAAAUUACACAUUUGGGUGGAGUGCGCGUUAUUUUCUUUUCGGUAUUUGGUGUGUUUGAAACAUUUCCUAAUUAAUUAGAAGAAGAAAGCAAAAGCCAUAAUGAAGGGAAACAUGUAGACUUUGGGUUAGAAAGCGCCUCUUCUGCCUAAGGACAUGCCAUCUCAACUUCCACCCUCGGAGCAUGUCCCCACUGACCUUCAUAGUGCUGCCUGGGUUGGGUGGAGGUUUCGUGCUUCUCUAUUCUCACUCUCCAGACACUGCAUCUGGUCCCACACCUCUCGAACACUGAUGUGUCUUGCAAGUAGCUUCUUAGUCCAUCCUGUAAGAAGCAUUCUUCAUCACUGGGCUCUGCUGAGGCCUCCGCAGCAUAUGUCCCAGGUCCGUGUCCUUUUACACCCCAGGACCUGCCUUAUGUCACACAGACACCCAAGGACACAUCAAACCCAACCUGCUCCAAAGCAAACCCGACUCCCCAAAACUAUUUCUCCCACAGUGAAUACCUGGUCCCCCUUGGAGUAAAAACAGCCACACUGAUUUGUUCUGAGCUCCCUUCUUUCUAUUGCUCUCCACAACCCACCCAUCAGCAAGUCUUAUUGGCUCUAAUUUCAAAAUGCACAUUCCAUGGGGAUGCAUCUCAGCCUCACAACCUCCCACCCAGCACCAUCGGGCCUGUACCACUGACGACCGCAGGAGCCUCCCCAGCUUGCCAGCUUCACCUUCCACCGUCCGUGCACUACAGUCCCUUCUCCAUAUGGAUUCCUUAAAACCUUUCCAGGGCACUCAGAACUCAGUAGAAAGGCCUCUCUGUGGUCCGUAGGGUGCACAUCGUGGGCCACCGGUCCCUCCCAUGCCCAUCCUGUCCCUGCUCCCUUCGCCAUAGUCACAGAAACCAUCCGAGGGCCUUCUCCCAGGUUCUCAACGAGGCCUAGACAGGCUCCCAAUAGCCUGGCCUUUAGUCUUGCUCUUCCUUCUGCCUAGACCCCUCUUUACCUAGCUAGUUUCAUGGCUGGCCGCCUUCUUCUCUUCACUCAGGUCUCUGGUCAAGUCUCAUUACCCCAUCAAACAUAACAGGCCGGUUGCUUUCCUUCUCCCUGCCUGGGUUCAUUCUUCUAGAACAGUGCCUGACCCAUAGUGGGCACUCACCACACAUCUGUUGAAAUCCUGAAAUAAUAAUACCUCUCAAGCACCAGCUGGUCCCAGCAUUCACACACAUUAAUUCAUUAAGUACCCACCAAAGCUCUCUGAGGAAGUCCUAUCUGAACAGCACGGGUGACCAACCCUUGGAGAAUGUGCACAGGCUCUCACUGGUGCCGAUUUUAUGCUGGAACUCAAACCCCCUCCUCUUUGCUCCAGUCUUUCCUGCUGUACCACACUGUGGCUCUCAAAGGAGGAGAGCCAGGAGGAAUGAUAUUCAACUGUCUGCUCUGUGCUGCCAGGGAUUGGCGUGGGUCACAUGAACAGAAUGAUUUUCAUCUUCACAAACACCCUCAGAAGUUAACGAUACCUCCAUUCUAGAGAUCAGAAAACCAAACUUUCUGAGAGGUUAGAUAAUUAGCUUAAAAUCGCCACUUCUCCUCAGUCACAGAAUGUGCCCAGCUCUGCCUUUUCCACAGCUUGUGCUCUCUUAAAGAUACCCAUCCUGCUUGCCUCCAAGUUCGAUUUUAAUUCCCGUAAAAGGCUGCCUUCCCUGGAGCCUGUCCACAGCACAGGCUUCCCGAUCCCUGCCUUCUCAUGAAUGAUUCCAACUCUGGCUCCUUCCCUCUCCUCACUCCCUCCCUCUGCUGCGGGGACCUUUCCCUAGAACUUUCACCCUCUACUCAUUGCUUACGCCUGCUGUAGUCUCAGAGGCGCAGUCAUUCUCACGGGCCACCCAGAAGUUGGACAUGAGAAAACAGGUUAGGUCGAAGAGAGCGAGUGGGAGAACAUCCAGUGCUAGAAGGCAGAUGGUGCCCAAUUUGCAAAUGGGUUUGUUUGCUUGAAUUUCUUUGGAGGACAGUCUUAAGCAACUUGAAACACAUUUUCCCAUAGAAACAAUAUUAUCGAUGAUGGAUAGGGUCUUGGGGUCAUCCAUGAAGCCCUGAAUAAUGUCAAUGUCUAAUCAAGAUACUACUAGAUACUCCUAGAAUUAUUGAAACUCACUAGCAAGUCAACAUCAGUCACAUGGAUUCUGUGGAAAAAAAUGGGAUUUGAGUUCCAACUGGGGACACCAAGAACACUUCUGCUCACAUUAUUCAUCUCAUGCUCCUGUCUCUGUGUGAGAUUCUCCUUGCCAUGCACCCCAACGCAGCUGAAAAGUCAAAAGGAUGGUUGUUGGCCUCAGGUAGUAGAAGGUGCUGGACAUUUGAAGGAGGGAAGAGCAAAAGAGGGCUCCCAGAGUAGGGGGUCCCUUGGCAGGGACCUGUGCUUAGAACCUGAUGUACUAGUGGCACCAUUUUCCUGGCCCCAGGCUUUUGGGGGAGUCUCCUGUGAUGUAGUAUGGUGACCAGAGUAAGCAGAGUGAUGACAGGACAUUAGCAGCAAGGAGGCAAUCACCAUUCAGAAGGGGCAACAAGUGCAGAUGUGUGGCUGCUCCCCGCGUGUAUCCUGACGUCUUUGGAGAAGACAGAUGAGCAGGUGGCCCAGGAACCAGGAGGCCCCAGUCCUUGCUCUCCUUCCUUAACUGAGAGCUCUAGGCAACAUGUAGACUCUCAGCGCCUUAUUUUCCUUUCAUGUUAAGUGGGGAAAAAAUUCCCUUCACAGGGUUAUGAUGACCGUCUAUUAGGAUACGAUUGGAAAAAUGCUUUUCUAGCCCAUUCAAUGCUAUGUUAGUAUUACGCUUAGCAUUACACAACAGGCCACAUGCUCUCCAAAAAUUAAUAUUGUUUGGUACCAAACCACUAAGAGAGGGACAUAUAAAAAACUUCCAUCUAUCCACUAUGGUUUGCUUUUUUUUUUUUUUAAACACUCCUAGCAACUGAGAAUUAUCUAAAGAGAGGGAGAUUUCAACCCAGACACCCAUUUUGUUCCAGGCUGAGAACUGGCCACUCCUACUCCUUGUCCUCCAUGUCUGUUCACCUCCACCCCCUCAGACCUUGCAACUUAGCACUCUGUGUGGCUUCAUGUUCUCCCUUCAGAAGAAUUUAAAGGAUCCUGUUUCUUUCUUUUGUUGUCCUGCUGGAGAAGAAUCUAAUCAACAAUCCUUUUUUGAAGCCUAAUAAAAAUUGAAUAGAUCACAUUUUAAAUGUAGAUUUCUGGAGGAAAAAACAAAAUCUUUAUCCAAACCUCGCAUGUAGGACUGUUGAGAUUAGAUGGGUUGUAUUCCAGGACCCUGCAUGUAACAAGGGGACAUUAACAACCUAAGGAGAGUUCCCUAUUUGGAAAGCAUUUUCUCCCCUACUUGCUGAAUUAUUUCUCCCCAGUUUGGGACAUAAUGUUCCUAUGUGGAGAGGAAACAUUGACUUGACUGACUCCUUUUAAAUGCCUGUUUUCUGUAGGGGAAGUCAACCUAUUUAAUGCUUUGCCCUUUCAACACGUGUUCAUAAACUUAUUAGUCAGUAUGUCAGAUUCUCUGUUUUAAAGUCCCAGACUGGAUU